AUGAAUUGCAUUGUUGGUGAUCCUGUUCCAAUUCUUCAUAAAUACUAUCAAUCAGGAGAUGUCAUUGUUGCUGGUAUUUUGUCUCAAAUCUAUAUAUUUUCAAACACAAUACAUUUUCAUGAAAAGCCUUCUACUGAUCUUUUCUAUGAUACUGAUGUGGUGACUCAGCUCUACCAACACAUUUUGUCUUUGGCAUUUGCUAUAAAGGAGAUCAAUGAAAAUCCCCAGAUUUUGCCCAACCUCACUCUGGGCUCCCAUAUCUAUAACAGCAACUUUAUUGCAAGUGGGACGUAUCAUGCCUCAAUGGAAGUAUUCUCAACACAAGGCAAAUUAAUCCCUAACUACAAGUGUGAAACAGAGAACAAUCUAGUGUCAGUCAUUGGAGGACCUAAUUCUGAAGUCUGUAUCCACAUGACAGCCAUCCUGUCUAUUUACAAGAUUCCACAAUUCACCUUUGGCUCUGCUUCUGAGAUGAAUAGGAAAUCUCAAGCUAUUUUCUACCACCAGAUGUUUCCAGAUGUACAAAGGCAAUAUAAAGGGAUUCUCCAGUUACUGUUGCAUUUCCAGUGGACAUGGAUUGGGAUAUUAUAUGACAAUGAUAACAAUGGAGAGAGAUUUGUCGAGGAUGCACUUCCUAUGUUUUCUGAGAGAGGAAUCUGCUUUGAUUAUAUAGAAAAAUUCCCAGUAAUUACAUCAGUUAGUGACAUUGAUAAGAUGGUGGCAGAGGGAAUAAAUCAGUAUCAUGCUAUUAUUAAAAGCAUUGCUAAUGUAUCCAUUGUUUAUGGUGAAAUUGAGACCAUGCUCAAUCAUUUUCUGAAAAUCAUUUCAUUCAACAACAGUGUUGGGGAAACAGUUUUCUUCAAUCAAAAUGGAGAAGUGGAAACUGGAUUUGAUAUUGUCAACUGGACAAAGCCUAUUUCUCUUUGCAAUGACCAUUGUCAUCCAGGUUACAGGAAGGUCAAAAAAGAAGGGAAACCAUUUUGCUGCUAUGAUUGCCUUCCUUGUCCAACAGAGAAGAUUUCUAAUCAGAAGGACAUGGACAACUGCUUUCCGUGUUCACUAGAUCAUUAUUCAAACGAAGAGCGAAAUUUCUGCCUUCCAAAAUAUGUAACAUUUUUAUCUUAUGAAGAAAUGCUGGGGAAUAUUUUUACCAGUUUUAUUCUUACUUUUUCUAUCAUUACUAUUUUGCUACUCUGGCUCUUCAUUAAAAACAAGGACACCCCUAUUGUGAAAGCCAACAAUGAGACCCUCACCUACAUUCUUCUCAUCUCCCUCCUGCUUUCAUUUCUCUGUGCUUUGCUAUUUAUUGGCCAACCUCAUCAAUGGACAUGCCUUCUUCGGCAAGUUACUUUUGGCAUCAUCUUCUCCAUGGCAGUUUCUUGCAUUUUGGCAAAGACUAUCAUUGUAAUUCUUGCUUUCAUGGCUACCAAGCCAGGAUCCAGAAUUAGGAAAUGGAUGGGGAAAAGACUGGGUCUUUCUGUUGUCCUUUCUUGUUCUUUUACUCAAACCAUUAUUUGUACCAUAUGGCUAUCAAACUCUCCCCCGUUCCUGGAUGUUGACAUGUAUUCCUUGCCAAAAGAAAUGAUAUUGAUAUGUAAUGAAGGGUCAACCGUCACGUUCUAUUGUGUCCUUGGUUUCAUGGGUCUCUUGGCAAUUAUCAGCUUCCUGGUGGCUUUCCUGGUCAGGAAGUUACCGGACACAUUUAACGAAGCCAAAUUCAUCACCUUCAGCAUGUUGGUCUUUUGCAGUGUCUGGCUGUCCUUUGUUCCAACCUACUUGAGCACAAAGGGGAAAUAUGUGGUGGCUGUUGAGAUCUUCUCCAUUUUGUGCUCCAGUGGGGGGUUACUAGCUUUCAUCUUCUUCCCAAAAUGUUACAUUAUUCUGGUGAGGCCUGAUUUAAAUAACAAGGAACAGCUAAAAAGAGGAAAAAACUGA